AUGGCUAGAGAACAAUUGCACGUGCUUAAUGCACUUGAUGCGGCGAAAACUCAAUUGUACCACUUCACUGCAAUUGUGAUUGCUGGUAUGGGGUUUUUCACUGAUGCAUAUGAUCUUUUCUGCAUCUCAUUAGUGACGAAAUUGCUCGGCCGCAUAUACUACCACCAAAACGGGGCAGCAAAGCCGGGGAAUUUGCCUCCCAAUGUUUCGGCUGCUGUCAAUGGUGUCGCAUUUUGUGGUACACUUGCGGGACAACUCUUCUUCGGGUGGCUUGGGGACAAACUUGGCAGGAAAAAGGUCUACGGCAUGACCCUUAUGCUUAUGGUCAUCGCGUCAGUGGCUUCUGGGCUUUCUUUUGGAGACGAGCCUAAGGCUGUUAUGGCUACACUUUGUUUCUUUCGAUUCUGGCUCGGGUUUGGCAUUGGUGGUGACUACCCACUUUCUGCCACAAUCAUGUCUGAGUAUGCCAACAAGAAGACUCGUGGAGCGUUCAUUGCUGCAGUUUUCGCAAUGCAAGGUUUUGGGAUUUUGGCUGGUGGAAUGGUGGCAAUUAUCGUUUCUGCAGCGUUUAAGGCGGGAUAUCCUGCUCCUGCAUAUCAAGAUAAUGCUCUUGCUUCGACUGUUCCUGAAGCUGACUAUGUGUGGCGUAUAAUUCUUAUGUUCGGUGCACUUCCUGCCGCUCUCACUUACUAUUGGCGCAUGAAGAUGCCUGAAACUGCCCGUUACACGGCCUUAGUUGCCAAGAAUGCCAAACAGGCCGCUGCUGAUAUGUCCAAAGUACUGCAAGUUGAACUUGAGGCAGAACAGGAAAAAGUUGAAGAGUUUGCUCAGAAAAAAGGGAAUAAUUUUGGAUUGUUUACAAAGGAAUUCCUUAAGCGCCAUGGACUUCACUUACUUGGAACGACAAGUACAUGGUUCUUACUGGAUAUCGCCUUUUACAGUCAAAAUCUUUUCCAGAAGGAUAUUUUUAGCGCAAUUGGAUGGAUCCCUCCUGCUCAAACCAUGAAUGCAUUGGAUGAAGUUUACAGAAUUGCAAGGGCUCAAACUCUUAUUGCUCUUUGCAGUACUGUACCUGGCUACUGGUUUACAGUAUUCUUCAUAGACAAAAUCGGAAGAUUUGCAAUCCAAUUAAUGGGAUUUUUCUUCAUGACAGUGUUUAUGUUUGCAUUGGCCAUUCCUUACACUCACUGGACACAUAGAGAGAACCGAAUUGGAUUCGUGAUCAUGUACUCUCUCACUUUCUUCUUUGCCAAUUUCGGUCCAAACGCCACCACAUUUGUCGUCCCAGCUGAAAUUUUCCCGGCCAGGCUUAGGUCGACGUGCCAUGGUAUAUCAGCAGCUGCAGGUAAGGCAGGAGCCAUUAUUGGAGCGUUCGGGUUUUUAUACGCAGCACAGCCUACUGAUCCAAACAAGACUGAUGCUGGAUAUCCUCCUGGUAUUGGUAUUAGGAAUGCGCUUAUUGUACUCGGUUGUGUCAACUUCCUCGGAAUGUUGUUUACGUUGUUGGUGCCCGAAUCGAAGGGAAAAUCGUUGGAGGAAAUGUCGAAAGAGAACGAGGAAGAUGAAAAUGUAACAGAAUUGAGGGCACAAGGUGGUAAUGACAUUAGGACAGUUCCAGUCUAG